CCCUCGCAGCAAACCCAAACACUCUUGGCUCCUGCUCCCGGGCCGCGCAUGACGCUCGGGCCGGCCGCGCGAUGCUGCUGCUGGCCGCCGCCUUCCUUGUGGCCUUCGUGCUGCUGCUCUACAUGGUGUCCCCGCUCAUCAGCCCCAAGCCCCUCGCCCUGCCCGGGGCGCACGUCGUGGUUACAGGAGGUUCCAGUGGCAUUGGAAAGUGCAUUGCUAUUGAGUGCUAUAAACAAGGGGCGUUUAUUACUCUGGUUGCCCGGAAUGAGGAGAAGCUACUUCAAGCAAAGAAAGAAAUUGAAAAAUACUCCAUUAAUGACAAACAGGUAGUGCUUUGUAUCUCAGUUGAUGUAUCUGAAGAUUAUAAUCAAGUAGAGAAUGUCAUAAAACAAGCACAGGAGAAACUGGGUCCAGUGGAUAUGCUCGUCAAUUGUGCAGGGUUGGCACUGGCAGGAAAAUUUGAAGAUCUUGAAGUUAGUACUUUUGAAAAGUUAAUGAACAUCAAUUACCUGGGCAGCGUGUAUCCCAGCCGAGCAGUAAUCACCACCAUGAUGGAGCGCCGGGUGGGCAGGAUUGUGUUUGUGUCCUCCCAGGCAGGACAGUUGGGAUUAUUUGGAUACACGGCCUACUCUCCAUCAAAGUUUGCCAUAAGGGGGUUGGCAGAAGCUUUGCAGAUGGAGGUGAAGCCGUACAACGUCUACAUCACAGUGGCGUACCCACCGGACACAGACACGCCUGGGCUUGCCCUGGAAAACAAAACAAAGCCUUUGGAGACUCGACUUAUUUCAGAGACCACGAGUAUUUGCAAACCAGAACAGGUGGCCAAACAAAUUGUCAAAGAUGCCAUACAAGGAAAUUUUAAUAGUUCCAUUGGCUCAGAUGGGUACAUGCUGUCGUCACUGACAUGUGGGAUGGCUCCAGUAACUUCCAUCACUGAAGGACUCCAGCAAGUGGUCACUAUGGGCCUUUUCCGAACUAUCGCUCUGUUUUACCUUGGAAGUUUUGAUAGCAUAGUUCGUCGCUGUAUGAUGCAGAGAGCAAAAUCUGAAAUUGCAGACAAAACUGCUUAAUUCUUACCCCUUGAGGAAAAAAAAAAACUGUUUCCAAUAUAUUCAAACAGCUUGCUGCUACAUGGAACCCUAUUUCUAGCCUACAGAUACUUGUCUUGUUUUUGAAUAUGUAAGACUAGACCAGUUCUCUUCAUAAAUCUGGCUACAAGCACAGAUGUAGGAGUCCAACUCCAGAUAAUAGGAUUAACACUAUGCAAAUACAGAAUAGGAGAUCUUUGAGGUGGAGCAUUGGUAGUGUGAGAACUGACAGUGUGUCAACAGGGUAAAGAGUGGAAUUCCAGAAUGAUAAGUGGCAUUUUUUCUGUUUAUUCUUUUUCCCCUUUACAGACAUAAAGUCCAGAGAUGUAUUUUAUGACACAUAAGUCUUGAGGGCUUUUUGAAACUUUCCAUGAAAGGCAGUUUAUGUGUUUCUGGACUUUUUCUUUUCACUUGGUGUAUUUUCCUCAAGAUGAGCUGUACACAUUGCCAGUAAGUCUGGACACCUCUGGUGACGCCUUCGCUACUGCCAAAAGAGCUUCUUUCUCUUUGAUCCCACAAAGUUCUGAGGGGGAUGGGAGAGAGCGAGGCAGCAAAAGGUGAAGCCAUUGGUCUUUUCCAGCAGGGGAACAGUACUUUCUUAUCUUCUUCAGACUGAUGCUUAGGACUUUCCAGUUUUCAUUCAUGGAGACAGGCAGCUUCCUUAGUGUUUUCUGAAGAGUAAAUAAAAUCUUAGAUGCUUACAGAAGUUUACAGUUUUUUCAAUAGCCAUGAUGAGCUGAAAUUCACCUGUUCCAUGUUAAUGUAUGUCUUUCCCUUCUCUUCCUUGUUCAGCUUUGCUUAUACUGCUGUAAUAUUUUUGUAAAAGAAGAAAAAAGACCAGCUAAGAUUUUUUGACUUGACUUUUUAAAUUAAUUCAUGAAUUAAAGAUAAAUAAAAAGUGUGACAUUCUUAACCUAGUAGCACAUAUGUAGCUUUUAGGAAAGGCUAUGAUUGUAUAUUGAAAAUUUUACUUGUUAAGAAAAGAAGUGGAUAACUUUGAAGAUACAGAAGCUAGAUGAUCACCCAUGUUCCUUGACUCUCCCACUGACCUGAGAACAGUAUCUUCCUGCCACAUGUUACAGAAGCCUGUUCAUUCCAUUGGGAAGCCCUGGAAAUCCUCCUGGCCCUCUGAAUGCUCUGUGUAGGCUACAGGACCUGCUCACUUCGUGGAUUUCUACAGCAAGUGCCUGUUCCCAGCCCGGGUCCUCCCGGUAGCAUCCUGUUUACCCAUUGUUCACGCCCCUCUGACACCUUGAUGUGCCCCCCUGGUCCCCACGUACACAGUAGUGCAUUCCAGCUCCCUUGGAUGGGAAAAGACUUCUACUUUUGAAGAAGAAAUUAUUUUUUAUUGUAAGAAAAGACCUAGAAAUUAUAUCCAGGCUUUUUUUUUUUUUGCUUUUGAGUUUUUGAAGUGUUUGACUUUAAAAAGUAAUAAUUUUUAAGGAAGAUGGCUCCAUGGUAUCUAUCAAGAUCCGUGAAUGGCAAAUUUAGACACUGAUGAAUACAGAAUAAAUUAUUAUUUAAUAUAUAAAUUGCUUGGCAUAACUUGAUUACAAUUUGCAGAAGUUAGUUGAUGCCAAAUUGAUUUUGUGAAUCUUCCAGUCUUUUAUAGCUAAAGUUUGUGGUCUAUAUGGAAUCACUGUGCAGCUGCUAAAAAAGUCUAAUUAUUUUUCUAAAUACUCAUAUAGUACUCAGUUUUUAUUCUUUCAGAAAUGCUCCUUGAAUGCCGGUACCCUCUGCUGAUCUAUAUUGAAGUCUAGUCAAAGGUGUCACGUUUAAUAAGAUUAAAAGCAAUAGUUAUUUCAGUGUACUUCUCAAAUUGUCGGUAUCCUCAAAUUAUUUUCAGACAGUAUUUUACUCAGGUAAUCUACCGUCUGAACAAACUUAACUCUUUUCUCUAGUGGGAGAUGCUGUCUCUAAUGCAGUGAAAGUCAGGCACAAGAGCAGACUUGCACAGGUCAUAAUGUGAUGGAGUCAGCUUCGUCAGAGCUGUUAAAGGUGCACACUCUUCUUAUUCCCAAACUUCUAAAACUAAGCUUGCUUAUUUUUCUAAAUUUAAUGCUAUAAUUCACUAGCAAAACUUAAACUGGAGUGUGGUUAUUUUUAUUUGUGCCACUUCAUUUGCCUGCUUGAAAUACCAACAGGUUUAAUUUUAUAGCUAUUGCCAGACUCCAAGGAAGUUUUGUGAUAUCCAUCAUGUGCCACCAUAGUAUGCUUUUCAAAUCCAACAAACUAUGAAAUGGGAAAAACAAGUGGCCUGGGUUUUUUUAUGUAUUUGGUACAGGGUCUCACUAUGCA